CACUGCUGACUUGUCAGUUUGUGGAUAUAGGAACAACAUACCACUCUGAAGUGAUGGAUACUGGGUAGAAGAAGUUACGCCUUUGGUUCAGGCGGUGGCAGAACUUUUCAGACCUUUACAGCAUCGUAACGCUACAGCUGGCGGGUACACCUUAAACGGAACCAUCUGGCCUGCAUCAGUCAGCUACAGACAAUCAUGGCGACCAUUGUGAUGGAGAGAAUUGGCCGAGUGUUCAUCAGCCUCCAGCACAUCAGGCAGGUCCCGCGGAUGCUGACCGAGGCCGCUCCCUCCAUGCCCGGCACGGUAAAAGACACAGAGGUUCCCCACUACUUCAGGGAGCGCUACGUCUCGACCGGCUACCGGCCGCUCAACCAAAACUGGCGCUACUACCUGCUGUCCUUGUUCCAGGGCCACAACGAGACCAUCAACAUCUGGACUCACCUGCUGGCGUUUUUAGUCUUUCUGGUGAAGUUUCGACAGCUCGCUGAGACUGUGGACUUUGUCGGUGAUCCUCAUUCGUGGCCCCUGCUGAUCCUCGUCCUGUCCUCAAUGACCUACACGGCAUUCAGUGUGGUGGCCCACCUGUUGGGUGGCAAGUCUGAGCUGUGCCACUACGCCUUCUUCUUUCUGGACUAUGUUGGGGUGGCACAGUAUCAGUACGGCAGUGCUGUAGUUCACUUUUACUACGCCGUGGAUGAGAGCCUGCACAGAGACGUGCACGGGAUCUUCAUGCCUGCCGCCACUCUCCUCAGCUGCCUGUCAUGCCUCGGGUGCUGCUACGGGAAAUACUGCAACCACAGCCUACCGAGCUGGGUGCGGAAGGUGUGCCAGGUGGUGCCCUCGGCGCUUGCCUACAUCUGGGACAACAGCCCUGUGGCUAAGAGGCUUCUGUCCUGGUCCACAGCCAGCGACGACCCAGCCCUGCUCUAUCACUUUGGCCAGGUGGCUUUCUUUCUCAGCUGUGCCUUCUUCUUUACUGUCCCCCUGCUGGAGCGCUGGUUCCCCGGCCGGUGCGACUUUGUGGGGCAGAGUCAUCAGGUGUUCCAUAUUUUUCUAUCUUGCUGCACCCUGUGUCAGAUUCAUGCCUCCCACCUCGACUUUGUGGGCCGCAGGGAGCUGUACUCACGUCUCCACGGGAGCGGUGAGGCUGCUCUUUUUGUGGGACUCUAUGUGAUCACUUUGGUUGUUUGUGCACUAAUUGUUGCCUUCAUGCUGAGGAAAGUUAAACAAGUGUUUGACUUAAAAACAAAGACCAAAUAAUAGUUUAGAUGUUGUAGUAACUACGCACAAGCGCAUUUAUGUGCCUUUCCUUCCAGACACACUGCUUUGAUAGAAAGGGAACUAAUUAUUUUUGCUGCAGACUUUAACCAUAAUGUAAAUGGCUGUUGAAAUUUGAACCUGCCAUAACAGUAAGUCUUAGAUAACCAGAGGGAAACAAAAUGAUAUUAGGAGUUAGUAUUUUAAUACUUAUCUGUAUUAGAAUUUUUAAAAUAACUUUCAGAUUGUCAAGAUUUAUUAAGACCAUCAGACUGUGUUGAGAGCUGCAGGACUGAGUCCUAAAACCUGGAGAGAAGUGAGCAUUUUUGCACUUCCAGUUCUUUCAUCCCAAAAUCCGUGGGUUUUUUUAAUGGGUUUUUGGUUCGAUGCCUGAAAAAAAACCUGGGGUUAACACAGUGGAAGUCAGAGGCACUGAACGUCAUCACACCUAACAAGAAAACUGAUCUGCUCAGCCUUACAUCAGUAUUUUCUUUAUACUCGUGCUCUUGCAAACUAUCACUAACCCUCUAAGAGGAAAGGAUUUUGUAUGUAGAAGAAAACUAUAAAUUGGAAGCUUGGUGGUGUUGAUGUUGAAGUAUACAAGCUUCAAAAAUCAUAAAAGAACAAAAUGUGUAAGUAGCAUAAACUUUUGUUGGUCACACAACUUAUUUUCUGCAAUAAUCCAAAAGCUAAUGAAAAAAUCCCAUUGGCUUUAUGUUGAAGGAACCUGGGUGCACUCUUCACUCUGCAACACUCUAUUAUAUAGAGAUUCAUAACAGUGUCACUGUUAGAAUGUGCAAAUAUUUAUUUUAAAUAUUUUGAAAGUGACUUGCUUAUCAUGUUGUGGCCAUAUUUCACCAAGGCUAAUUGAAUGUAGGAUUUUUAUUUUUUUUAAAUAAUGAUUAUUGAUAUGAUUUAAAGGUGAUACACUGAUCUCAAUUUAUAGAAGAGUGGGAACAUUUCUCCUAUGCAAAAAAAUAAUCUCAUUAUUGAAGAACAUGGUACUAUAAUAUAGUAAUAUAAAACAUAAACAUGACAUUCAAAAUAUCUGAUCAGUGUUACAACACACAGGGGCCUUUUGUCAUUGUGCCUUGAGAGCCCAUUGUUUGCAUGUACUAUUGUGUACUGUUCCCAGCUUAUUGGUGUGUAGAUUUUGCAGAAGCUAAAGCUUUAGGAUUUAAGUUGUCUUCAUGUGAAGAGGUGUAUUUCAUUCAGUCUAAGAUCUAAACCUUUUUAUGUUGUUGUUUGACUUCAUAACACUUUUAGUGAUUUAAUAUAUAUAUAAUAUAUAUAAUAUAUAAUAAUCUAUAAUUUAAUAUAUAUAUAUAUAUUAGUAUAUCUUAUAUAUUAUCUUAUAUAUAUGUGUGUGUGUGUGUGUAUAAAAACACACACACACACACACACAUAUAUAUAUAUAUAUAUAUGUGUGUGUGUGUGUGUUUUAUUGGAAAUCUUGUUCUUUGAGUCAUUAGGGAAAAGAGAGUGUGGGUGUUACAUGAGUGUACUAAUUCAAGGUACUGUGAUGAAUGUAUGUUUUUGGCAGAUUAUAAUGUCUACUACUGACCAGGAUGUAAUACAGUGGGAUUAAGUUAAAUAAACAUUUCUUGGAAGCAGAAAUGAUCUCAAUGUUUUUGUUGAACUGAACCUUCUUUCAUAACUUUCAUGUGUGUAACACUGACAUCUGCAGACGUCCUGCCAGUUACCAGGUCAAAUCUCCUCAUUACACCAGCACUUUGGUCUUUACACACUAUCUAAGGAUCUUUAAAAUAUAAAAUGUAAUACAGUAUGUUGGUAGGCCACCACCAGGCCAAGAGAAUAGUGUAGUUUACCAAACUGUAUUUUCUGUCAUGGCAAUGUCAACAGACAUAAAUAAAAGUUAAACCUCACUUACAUGUAUAUUGAUCUAUAUUAAUCUAAUAUUAGGCUCUGCCUCAGAAAAAUGUCUUAUUAACUGAAACUCCAAAUGGGAACUGAAUUGUAUCUUAUUGUACCUUUUAGUUUUUGUUGUUAUGAAACUGUAAUAGAUUUCUUCCUCCUGACAGACUUAUAUUUUCUUCACAUGAUAUUCCUGUUUGUGCCAAAAAAUGAAUGUAUGUUUUUCUUCAUUUGUUAGCAUGGACUAAACACCAGGAGCUACAGAAUGACAUGAUAUUGUUUGUAGUGGUUAAUAAAGACAAACUGCAUUCA